AUAAUAAUAAUAAUAAUAAUACCGUAACAAUUAAGUCAACAGGAAGUAGUAAUGGUAAUAAGUAGUAGUACCAGCAGUACAUUCAACGAGUUAAGUUAUUAUUUAUACCGCAGCAGUUAUGACUUCUCACAAACCACGAAAUUUAAUUAAAGAGAGUUGGUCAUCUCUUUGCAUGACCGGCAUCGUUGGACUUCGUCUAAUAGAAUUAUGUAAAACAAAAUUAUUUGGAUACAUUUAUGUUAUUGGAAUAUUGAUAUUAUACUACACGUUGAUAUAUUUUACAAAAGAAGAGGCUGAUAAAGUAUACGAGUACUUGGAUAUAACAACUAUAUGUGUAGCUAAGAUACGACGAAUUGAAUAUUACGUUAAUGCAGUGGUAUUAGGUCUUAUGUUAAUAACCAGUGGAUUUAAAUUCAACUUGGGGACCACUGGUGUGUACUCUAAUUUGAAUGAGAUUGACAACAAGCUAAAAUUGUUGAACCAAAAAUUAAAUUAUGACAAAUACAUGAGAGAUAAUAUUUUAAAUAUCACCGGAGUUGUUAUUUCAACUAUUUUAAUAGGAUUAACCGAUUAUUCAAGUACUAAAAAUGCAGCAAGUAAUAUAACGAUGUUUAAUUUGAUGUGGUUUGGAAAUCAAUUUCCUCAAAUAGUUAACAGCAUUGCAACAGCUACUUUUGUUACAAUAAUAGCGAGCUGUUGUACAAGACAACAAAUUAUUAAUGAUUUAAUUUUUAAAUUGAGAAAUAUCGACAAAGAAAGUUAUAAUACUGAUGUUAUUUCACAAGAAAUGCAUAAUGGUUUAAAAUUAAAGCUUUUGCGUAAAAUAUUUGAAAUUCUUAGUAACACAGUGAUAAUAAUAAAUGAAGCGUAUGGAUUUAUGUUAAUUUUAACAUUUAUAACUCAUUUCAUCGGCAUCUCGGCACAUCUUUAUAUAGUCUACAUGACAUUUGGAGAGCAAAAUUACAUCGUAGAUCUAAUCGUUGAAUUUUUAUGGGCUUGCUUCUAUUUUGGAAAACUAAUUUACAUAAUAUCUGCCUGUCACUCAUUUGAACGAGAGGGAAAGCGUGCCAGUAAGCUGCUACACGAAUGCCGAAUCGACUCGGAUUAUAAUUUGCUUAAGCAAGAGACCGAAUCAUUUGCAAGACAAGUAAGAAACGUCGAUAUUAAAAUAACUGCAAGCAAUUUAUUCACCGUUGAUUAUCCAGCCCUCUGGAAGAUUGUCCUCGGUCAGACAGCCUACGUCUUCUUCCUGUCGCAAUUCACCAGCACCAAAUGAGGAUAGACUAACACUAAACGUCGAGAAUAACAAAGAUUAAAUAAUCGCCAACUGUCCAACACUAUUAUAGUAUUAUAGUAUACCGUUCUAUUGGUGUUUAUAUUGUUGAUGACGUUGUUACCAUGUUGACGGUUAUUUCUCGAAUAUAAUAAGCAAACAAAAGUUUUCGUCUAGUCACACACAGAUUAAUCCUAUCUUCACAGCUAAACACAAUACUACUAUAUGUAUAGAAGAGAAUAUAAUAUAAUAUUACAAUAUAUACAAUACAACGAUUAUAUUAUAUUCAUCAGCGAGGUAUAAUAAGGACAUAACGCGAUGACAACUAACUCACUUACGCUCUAUUAUACAUUCACUAUCACUAAUAUUUAACAACAAUUACUAUUACUCUUUGAUAAAUUUAUUAUUGGCUUAGAUUAAUAUUGUAUUGCUGUAAUAAAAUUGUGCAAUCGAGUGUUAUUUAAACUCUUAAAUUUUAA